AUGUAUCCUUCCUCUGCUGUCGCCCAGUCUCAUGUACCGGGUGCUGCUGUGUCGUGUGCUCUUCAACAGCCACCUCCCUCUUGCACUGCCAACGCGUUUCCUGCUCACCACCGCACCGCCUCGAUCUUUCAGAAUCCUUCGUUCGACAACAAACAUAGCGCCUAUCGGAGUACAGAGGCCAGCUCGAGCAUUAGCAAGGCCGACGAAGCCGCUCUGACUAACGACCAGUACCACGUAGAGCCAGUGUGCGCUCAACCUAUAUCCUCAACGAUGGUGACGACGAGCACCAAUACAGCCACCACCUCGGCAAUGAUGGUUGAUGAUACGGCGAUGAAAGCCGAGGUGUUGCCGGAAGUCAAUGCCUGCAACUCUAUCAAGGAUGAAGCGGUCAAACCUGCAGAUGCGAAUCAGACGCAGACGGAACGUAAUGCGGAUCCAGCUGGUGACAACGGAUCCAGCUCGGCCGUUCGAAAAGUGCGCGCGGCGGAGUGUGCGGUGCGAGGCGACGCCGCUGUCCUCGGUGUGGCCGAUAUUACUGGAUCUGCCGCGACAGGCACAAUCCUGUUUUGGUGUAGUGCCACACUCAAGGCACAGCAGUACGCAGUACGCAGUAGGCCUUGUAGAGAGAUGACUGCAUUCUCUCGUUUUGAUCUGCUGCGCUUCCAUCUGGUCAGAACUCGAUUCGCUGCUCGCUUCCGUUGA